GUUGAGCCCAAAGCCCUAAAACCCUAACCUAGUCCACAAUACAAAUAGCACAAACCAAACCAUUAUCGUUAAGAGCCCCGAUUUUGGUUUUGUGCCUCCAGCCGCAGAAGCUAGAGAGAGAGAGAGUGUGUGAGAGAGAGAGAUUCAUUUCUUCAAUCAUGGGUAAGGUUCACGGUUCAUUGGCCCGUGCCGGUAAAGUUAGGGGACAAACACCCAAGGUAGCUAAGCAAGACAAGAAGAAGCAGCCCCGUGGCCGUGCUCACAAGCGUAUGCAGUACAAUCGCAGAUUCGUCACCGCUGUUGUUGGAUUUGGAAAGAAGAGGGGACCCAACUCAUCUGAGAAGUAAGAUCGUGGAUUGAAGAAUGAUGUUUUUCACCUUAGCUUUUGAAAUAUGUUGAGAAUCUUAAUCUUAAUUUCAUUUUGAUUUUCCUUUUUUUUUUUUUUUUUGGUGGGAUGUAGGGGUUAUGAAUUGUGAACCUUUUUUGUGCUAGUUAAAUAUCAAACUUAAAUAUUUAUUUUGCAUACAGUUCUUGCAUGUCUUAAUUUUUAACUAGCUUUAAGAACUUAUACUUUAGUUAUUGUAGUGUGUGUGCGUGCUUGUUAUAUCAGCGGAAUAACUGCGGUUCAAAUAAAUUUAUCGUAUGCUUUGUUUGAUUGCUUGA